AUUAAUUUGAAUUUAAUGAGUUGAUAACACUGAUUCACUAGUAGGGAAUUUAUUCAUAUAGAACCAAUUGGUUCCUGUUCUUUUCAGUUCAUAACGUUGUUGUAAAAACACGUGGUAAAAAGUGUAAUUAUUAAAUUUAAAGCAAAAUAAAAACAUAAUCAGAAUGCCUCUUGCUAAGGAUUUUCUUCACCCAAGUCCAGCUGAAGAAAAAAGAAAACAUAAACUAAAAAGGCUUGUACAAAAGCCAAAUAGCUAUUUUAUGGAUGUGAAAUGUCCUGGAUGUUAUGCUAUCAAAACUAUCUUUUCACAUGCACAGAGAUCAGUAGAAUGUGAUGGAUGUCGCACAAUAUUGUGUACAUCCACAGGUGGUAAAGCUCGAUUGACAGAAGGUUGUUCAUUUAGAAGAAAAGUUCAAUGCUAAUAUAAUGAUGGUUAAGACAAUAUAAUGUAUACAUUUCUCUUUAUAUUCAAUAAAUAAACAGAAUUAUUACUUAA